AUGUUCAAACCGACACAGCCAAUGCUGGCGCGUGGUCGCUUGCGCUUGACCACCAAGCAAGUCAAUGGCGGAUACUACAAGGGAAACCGCACCGGCUCCAUGGGUACCUGGGACAAGAAAGGCACAUACAAGCCUGAUGCCUCUAAGCACCGCGUGUAUAUCGCACCGGAAAAGCUCGAAGUUCCUGGAAAGUUCUAUUCCGAAGACCAAAAAAAGGAGCCCUUCCUGCUCGCCCCCUUCAUCACAAAGCACAUGCGCCAGACGCCCUCAAACUACGUUCAGGAUAUUGAAAGAAAUGGUAGGAAGUCCACUGUGAUUCGAGCAUUCCAGGGUACGGACUAUCUGCAGAUGUGGGCGGACACCCCCGAGGCCGAGGAGGCCAGAUCAACGCAACCUAAGCCCGAGAAGAUUGAAUCUGUGCCAAAAGCCCAACUCAAGCAGGUUGAGCAACAAGAGCUGCCAACAAAGCCAACACGCAAGGCUUCCCAGCCAAAGGCCGAGACCCAGAAGCCGAAGAAGGAGUUGCUUUUCUAG